AACUGCGCGGCCAUUGAAACAAAGAUCCAACUGAGAAGAAUGGCGUACAGAGGACAAGGACAGAAGGUGCAGAAGGUCAUGGUACAGCCCAUUAAUCUUAUUUUUAGGUAUCUACAGAAUCGUUCUCGAAUCCAGGUGUGGCUUUAUGAACAGGUCAACAUGCGGAUAGAGGGCUGCAUCAUUGGAUUCGAUGAGUACAUGAACUUGGUUUUGGAUGACGCAGAAGAAGUUCAUAUGAAGACCAAAAACAGGAAACCUCUUGGACGGAUUAUGUUGAAAGGAGACAACAUCACGUUGCUGCAGAGUGUGUCUAAUUGAUCACCUGUUGGGAGUUCUUCAGAAUUUAGUUUUUUUGUUCGAUUUUUGGAUUUACUUUUUAUUUUCAUUCAUCAAUAUUUGCUUAUUGACCAAUGGUUAUAAUAAAUGAUGUGGGAAAAAAAAUUCUGUCUUUUUCUAAAUCUACAAAAUGUAAAUAUUUCUUUCCCCCGCUAUUUCAGACUACUGUUCUUGCUGUUAUAAAACUAACCUGCGCUAAAUGUUGGAAGUUCAACAUUAAGAAGUUAUCUUGAUGCUUGGCCAUGUUCAAUUAAAUUUGUAUCUGAAUACUUUUCAAAGCAAUUUAAGUUGUAGCCUAUUUGCGCUUGUGAAAACUAGCUAAUCUUCAAGUCAUAAUAUAUAAAAGAUUUAGU